UGCCCAGUCAUUAACCCAACUGCUCUCCACUCUGCCGAGUCUACUCUACUUCACCCCCAGCCGGACCGGACCGGAGGGAACAAAAAGGAGAAGCAAGCAUCGAUGAAUGCAUUCUGCAGCAACACAUGCGACCACUCUGCAUUUCUCCUAUCCGCGGGCCAAACCAGUCUCCACCGUCACCGACCAUCCACGCGCCACCGGACCACAGUAAUGACGUCACAGUCGUCGGGAAGAAAAACAACAACGACAACCACACGUGCAGUGUAUAGGGAGGUGGAGACGCUGCAGAAAGGGAUUGCGGAGUUGUACGACGAGUCAUCGGGAAUAUGGGAGGACAUUUGGGGGGACCAUAUGCACCAUGGCUUCUACGACCCUAAUGCUACUGUCUCUGUCUCCGACCAUCGCUCCGCCCAGAUCCGCAUGAUCGAAGAGGCUCUGCGCUUCGCCUCCGUUCCCGGUACCACCUUUACUCUUUCUCGUCUAUCUAGACUUCUAUAA